AUGUCAGGGAUCCUUCGUACUUCCGCUUCUUUGAGCCUCAAUGCUGCUGACACCAUUGCAAAUGCUUCUAUCAAGGCUGUUUCCAACCUCAAGACACACAAACCCAUGGCGGUGACCGUCUUGGAUGCGGCCGGUGGUGUGCUGGUGCAAAAGCGCAUGGAUGGUUGCCCCGAUGGAGCCUACAUCAAGUUCAGUUACGCCAAGGCAAGAACUUGCAUACAUUUGCAGACAUCGAGUCGAGUUUUCAGAGAAAAGUACACUUCUGGUGGGGAAGCUCCCAAGUUCACUCAAGCGGCUUCGAUGGUAUCCAUCAUGGAAGGAGAGCUGGUUCCGGUGGCAGGAGGUGUCUUGGUCGUUGCUGAAGAUGGAUCGGCUGUUGGAUCUGUUGGAGUCAGCGGUGCCGCUGCAGAUGAAGACGAAUAUCUUGCUUGGGCAGGAGUCCAAGCAUUGAAGGAAGAAGGCGGACUUGGUACUGUUCCUGAGAAUCACUGUUGCACAACAUUGAAGUGA